AGUGACACUGCUGGCACACAAACAUCCUCCUCCGUGCGGAUUGCAGUUUGCUUCGUGCAUCGCGAGUUCUCCUAUCCUGCUAGUUGCUCGACAUGGGCACGGGAGGUGCAGCACUGGUCGCCGCCGCCCUCGCCGUGGUGGUGGUCACCAGGCUGUGGACGGUGCUGCUCCACCUCGUGUGGCGGCCUUACGCCGUGGCGAGGGCGUUCGCGCGGCAGGGCGUUCGCGGGCCGCCGUACCGUGUCUUCGUGGGCAACAGCAAGGAGAUUCAGGCGAUGCGGGCGGCGACGAGCGGCGACACGCUGGAGCUCACCUCCCACGACUACAUCCCGCGCGUGAUGCCGCAGUACCGCGCGUGGAUGGCACUCUACGGCAAGGUGUUCCUGACGUGGUCCAGCUCGACUCCGGCGCUGUUCGUGGGCACCUACGACAUGGUGAGGCGGGUCCUCUUCGACAAGUCCGGGCUGUACGGCAAGAAGGACCCGGACCCCACCAUACUGUCCCUGGUGGGGAUGGGCCUCGCCUUCACCGACGGCGAGGACUGGUCGCGCCACCACCGCGUCGUACACCCAGCGUUCGCCAUGGACAAGCUCAAGGCGAUGACGGGGGCGAUGGCGGCGUGCGCGGCAGAGGUGAUCCGGGAAUGGGAAGCGCGCGCCGCCGCGAGCGGGGACGGGGAGGGGGUGACAAUUGAGGUAGGGCAGCAGUUCACGGAGCUCACCGCCGACGUGAUCUCGCACACGGCGUUCGGCAGCAGCUACCGGCAGGGGAAGGAGGUGUUCCUGGCGCAGCGGGAGCUCCAGUUCAUCGCCUUCGCCUCCAUCAACAGCGUGCGCGUGCCGGGCAUGCAGUACGUGCCCACCAAGGCCAACCUGCGCCGCUGGAAGCUCGAGCGCACGGUGCGGCGCACGCUCAUGGCCAUCAUCGGCGAGCGCCUCGCCGCUGCAAAGCAGGCGAGGGGCUACGGCAGCGACCUGCUCGGCCUCAUGUUGGAGGCCAACGCAACCGGCGACGGCGGCGGCAAGAGGCAGCAGCAGGCCAUGAGCAUGGACGAAAUCAUCGACGAGUGCAAGACCUUCUUCUUCGCCGGCCACGACACGACCGCGCACCUCCUCACCUGGGCCAUGUUCCUCCUCGGCACGCACCCCGAGUGGCAGCAGCGGCUUAGGGAAGAGGUGAUCCGGGAAUGCGGCGGCGCCGAGGUGCCCCUCCGCGGCGACGACCUCAACAAGCUCAAGCUCGUGACCAUGGUGUUGUACGAGACACUCCGGCUGUACGGCGCGGUGGCGAUGAUCGGGAGACAGGCGACGGCGGACGCGUACCUCUGCGGCGUGAAGGUGCCCAAGGGCACCCAACUGCUGAUCCCGAUCGCCAUGCUUCACCGCGACAAGGAGGUGUGGGGCGCCGACGCCGGCGUGUUCAACCCGCUCCGGUUCCGGGAUGGCAUUGGCAGGGCGGCGGGGCACCCGAAUGCACUGCUGUCCUUCUCCAUAGGCCCGCGGUCGUGCAUCGGGCAGGACUUCGCGAUGCUGGAGGCCAAGGCCACGAUGGCGCUCAUCCUCCGGCGGUUCGCGUUCGAGGUUGCGCCGGAGUAUGUGCACGCGCCGGUGGACUUCGUGACGCUGCAGCCGUCGAAAGGGCUCCCGAUCGUGCUCAGGCUCUUGGAUGUGUAGUAGAGAGGGGAUUGGUAGCCAUCUUUGUCACAACUUCCGUUUGAACUAAAGUAGGAGUAUAAAUUUCCUAUACAACGUUCAUGUGUGACCUGCCAAGCCAUUAAUUGGGCCUAUGUCCUCUGCGAUGUGUUUCCUCAGUUUGGUUAUCAUCCUAUUUUACAAUGGAACUAUAAUAUUGAGAUUGUGAAAUGGAUGGGCCAGGUCCAAUCAUCUUUUCUAAGAACGAUGUAGAGGAGGUGGUUUUGUCUUUGCCAAAUUGGGCCUCCGUCCUUCCCCUAAAGUUUAGCCCAUAUCACAUUGAACAUUUAGACACGGAUAUUAUAUAGAGUACUCAAUAUAGACUAAAAAUUAAUUAAUUACAUAGAUUGCGACUAAAUCGUGAGAUAAAUUUUGUAAGUUUAAUUAGUUCAUGAUUUGACAAUAUGAUGCUAUAGUAAACAUUUUGCUAAUAACGGAUCAAAUAGGCUUAACAAAUUCGUCUCACGGAUUACUGAGGACUUUUGUAAUUUGUUUUAUUAUUACUAUCCGAACACUCAAUGUGACACUCCCAUAUAUGACACCUCUAAACUUUAGCCCCUCGAUUUAAACUCCCUCUAAUAUUGUGAUUUUGUGAAUGGAUGGGCUAGGUUCAAUCAUCUUUUUUAAGAAUGAGGACAAGGUAGUUUCGCUUUGCUUGUCUAAAGUGAGAUAGUUGCUAUUAUAGGACUCUAAACAUAUGGCUUCGCUAUUAUAGUCGUGUGUUUGGAUUUGCUAGUCCCAUCUAAGUUUUUCUACAACAAAACAUACUUUCAUGUUGUUUUUUUAACUGUCAAGGUAGCAACCAAGUGUCCCAACACUAUUUUUCCCAUUCCCUAUUCUUCUUGCUUGCAAUUGUUCUCAUUCCCUAUUCUUCUUGCUUGCAAUUUUUC